AUGGUGAUUAUUGCUAUUGGGAAGAUGACCAUGACAAUGAUGGUGACACUGUUGAUGCCCACAGGAAAUGUUGGGUGUAAUGAACUGAAUGAGAAGGGAAAGAAAGGGAUUGGGGGUCUAGAUAAGAGAGGAACAGAGGGAGAAAGAAAAGAUUUAAUUGCAGCCCUCAACGAGUCUCCUAUCCUGUUUCUGUCUAAUGGUCCAGGGGCGGGGCAGGAAGUACAGACAGAGAAUGUGACAGUAGCUGAGGGUGGCGUGGCUGAGAUCACCUGCCGUCUGCACCAGUAUGAUGGGUCCAUAGUUGUCAUCCAGAAUCCAGCCCGACAGACUCUCUUCUUCAAUGGCACCCGUGCACUGAAGGACGACCGAUUUCAGCUUGAGGAGUUUUCCCCUCGCCGGGUGAGGAUCCGGCUCUCAGAUGCCCGCCUGGAGGACGAGGGGGGCUACUUCUGCCAGCUCUACACGGAGGACACCCACCACCAGAUCGCCACUCUCACUGUACUAGUGGCCCCGGAGAAUCCCGUAGUAGAGGUCCGGGAACAGGCGGUGGAGGGCGGCGAGGUGGAGCUCAACUGCCUGGUUCCGCGGUCCCGCCCAGCCGCCACCCUGCGCUGGUACCGAGACCGAAAAGAGCUCAAAGGAGUGAGCAGCGGCCAGGAAAGUGGCAAGGUUUGGAGUGUUGCUAGCACCGUGCGGUUUCGAGUGGACCGCAAGGACGACGGCGGUAUUGUCAUCUGCGAGGCACAGAACCAGGCACUACCCUCCGGACACAGCAAGCAGACGCAGUACGUGCUGGACGUGCAGUACUCCCCCACGGCCCGGAUCCAUGCCUCCCAGGCUGUGGUGAGGGAGGGAGACACGCUGGUGUUGACGUGUGCUGUCACAGGGAAUCCCAGGCCAAACCAGAUCCGCUGGAACCGUGGGAAUGAGACUUUGCCGGAGAGGGCGGAGGCGGUGGGAGAGACGCUCACGCUGCCGGGUCUGGUCUCUGCGGAUAACGGCACCUACACUUGCGAGGCGUCCAACAAGCAUGGCCACGCGAGGGCGCUCUAUGUACUCGUGGUCUAUGACCCCGGUGCAGUGGUAGAAGCUCAGACGUCAGUUCCAUAUGCCAUUGUGGGCGGCAUCCUGGCACUCCUGGUGUUUCUAAUCAUAUGUGUGCUAGUGGGCAUGGUUUGGUGCUCUGUACGGCAGAAGGGUUCCUAUCUGACCCAUGAAGCCAGUGGCUUGGAUGAGCAGGGAGAAGCGAGAGAAGCCUUCCUCAAUGGCAGCGAUGGACAUAAGAGGAAAGAAGAAUUCUUCAUCUGACCCCACCCCCAAUCCCAGGCCUAGGCCUGGGCUGGGAUCCCCCCCACUGCCAGCUGCAAGGAACCAGCAAAGACAUUUGCCAGAGUCUGGGAUGGUGGGCUUCUCUCCCCACCACUAACACCUCAGACACUUUGGCAGGGAUGGGGGUGCUAGAUGCCUGGAUCUCUGCAAGGGCCAGAAGUAAGUGCCCAGAGGUCUGGGUCCCCCAUGGGGCAGGGGCCAAAGGUCCAGAGCCCCCAAGUCCAGGGAGGGCAGUAGGGAUUGGGUUAGGGGAAGAUAACUGGGGGAAGGCCAGGGCCCCUAGGCUACAGAACCAGGUCAUAUGGGGAGGGGGUCAGAUUCUGGGAAGGGUGGGGUGGGCAGGGAAGGGGAACG